UUAAUAAAACUUUUUAUUUUAAUAUAUAAACAUUAAUAAAAAGCAUGUUAAAAUAUUGUUGCAUUUCAAGGUUUUAAGAUUCAGACAUUUUAUUUCCAACCAGCUGCUGGUUCUGUUGGACCUUUAGUUUCUAUCUGGAGUUUUAUUGAUACAUUUGAACUGAAAACAUUAAAAGUUCAUUUAAUGUUGAUCAGAUGGUUUAAAUGUUGAUGCUUUUCUUUCCUCUCCUGUAAAGUUCAGUUUAUGAUACAUGAGGUUUUCAUUCAGGAUGUGAGGAUCCGGCCCGGUCCAGAGACCAGCGAUCCGUUGGAUCCGUUGGAUCCGUUGGAUCCGUUUAACUUGUGUUUCUCCUGCAGAUCAGAUGAAGAUCUCAGCUGAUCCUGGACUCUCCGUCACUCUGAGCUGCUGGGAUCAAAUCCUCAGAAAUGAGCUGCAGUCAGAGUCUGAUCCUCUGCAGAGAUCAGACGGAUCCAGAAAACCAGACGGAGGACCGAGACGGGUUCUGGUUCUGGUUCUGGUUCUGACUGACUGACGAUGGAGGAACCAGGAACAGAGCCUGGUCCAAUUAGCAUCAUCCACCUGAUGGAGCUCCUCCUCCUCAGCAGGUUUGUCUGCUGCUCUGAUCCCUUGAUGUGGAGGAAGGAGGCGGGUUCAGCUCAGUAACAGCAGCUGAACUGAAGCUGAACUGAUCAGUCAGAGCUACGAUGAGACCAACAUCUCUAGCAGCUUCACUCUUUCUGGCCUCAUUGCUGAGCUCUACUGGGGUCAAAGCUGCUCUGACUGUGAGUCCCAGCAGAUCUCAGUUCUUUGAAUAUGAAUCAGUGACUCUGAUCUGUGAGGAUGGAUGGACUGUGAGGAGAAACACAAGCAGAGGAACCAGGAAGAGAUGUGAAGAUGGAUGGGGAGAAGCUGAUGGUUCUACCUGUAACAUGACCUUCAUGCACCCAUCAGACACUGGUCUGUACUGGUGUGAGUCCAUGUCUGGAUCCUCCAGCAGCAGCAGCAGCAUCCAGCUCUCUGUCUCUGGUGGAUCAGUGAUCCUGCAGAGUCCUGUCCUCCCUGUGAUGGAGGGAGAUGACGUCACUCUGAGCUGCAGAGCAAAGAAUCCAACCCACAACCUCCCAGCUGCUUUCUAUAAAGAUGGCUCCUUCAUUGGUGAUGAAACUACUGGCAACAAGAUUCUCAACUCAGUGAAGAAAUCUGAUGAAGGCCUCUAUAAAUGUAAUGUCAAAGGUCAUGGAGAGUCUCCAUCCAGCAGGAUCUCUGUCAAAGAGAAACCGUCAACCACAUCGUCCCCAUCAACUCCUCCUCCAUCAUCAUCCUCUCCAUCUUCCUCCCAGUUUCUCCUCUAUGGUCUCUCGUCUCUAUCAGCUGGUGUUGUUCUGGUUCUACUGGUUCUACUGGUUCUACUGGUCAAACGUCACAUUAACAGGAAAUCUAAAGAUAAUCAGGAGGAUGGAGAGGAAAGUUUAACUUACACUGAUGUUCAAAUAUUCCAGAGGAAACAACAGAAAGACAAACCAAACGGAGAAAACAAUCCGUCUGCAGUCGUUUCCACGGUGACGACAGAUGAAGUCAGUUAUGGGCAGAUAAUCAUCAGAGAAACCAGAAAAAGAGAUUAUAAACCAGAACCAAAAGUAGUUUAUUCCACCCUGAGGUAAUCCUCCAGGUCCAGCAGGAACCUCCAGCGGCCUAGUUAAAGCCCAGAGUGAUCGAUCGACUCCUGGUGAAUAUUUAUCUGUCUGUAGAACCAAAUGAAUGGAUUUAAUGUUUCAGUCUCAUGUUUUCAGUAAUUCACUGUUUUUAUUUGAAAUGUCUGAACUGUUAAAACCUCAAAGCCUGUUGAACCAGUUUAACCAGUUUAACUUGUUGAACCAAUUUAAUCUGUUUAACCAGUUUAACCUGCGGUUCUGCCGCUUGUUGCUAACAAACCUGAUGUUCCUGUCUGUCUGUCUGUCUGUCUGUCUGUCUGUCUGUCUGUCUGUCUGUCUGUCUGUCUGUCUGUCUG